CGCCAGCUACGCUCUCCGAUGUAUCCUCCCGUGCGAGUUGCGAUGCCGUGCGUCUUUAAUCAGCUGUGUUAUCGCGAUGUGAGUGUGUGAGACCAGCGAUUCGGGGAUACUCCGCAGCAUGGGCAAGGAGCAGGAGCUUCUCGAAGCCUCUCGCAAUGGGAACCUGGCGGUGGUGGAGCGGAUUCUCAGUCAGCGGGCCAAAAAGACGGGACCACUGGCGAGCCUUCGGCGCGGUCCCGGGACCAACGCGCACGACCCGAGCGGCUACACGUCGCUCCACCACUCGGCGCUCAACGGGCACCGCGAGAUCGUCGCCCUGCUGCUGGACCACGAGGCCUCGGCGAACGCGGUGGACGGCCGGGGCUGCACUCCCCUGCACCUGGCCGCCUGGACGGGAAACACGGACGUGGUGCGGCUGCUGCUCGAGAGGGGCCCCUCGCUGGCCGACGCCAACCACGUCAACCAGGAGCGCGAGACGGCGCUGCACUUCGCCGCCCAGUACGGCCACGCGCAGGUGGUGGCCCUGCUGCUGGCGCACGGAGCCGAGCCCGGGCUGCGCAACGUGCGCGGCGAGAGCCCCCUGGACCUGGCCGCCCAGUACGGUCGGCUGGACAGCGUGGCGCUGCUGGUGGGCGCGCAGGCGCACUCGCUGCAGCGGCUCGCCACGGCGCACCACUCGCCGCUCCACCUGGCGGCGCGCAACGGACACCGGCAGGUGGUGCGCCUCCUCCUCGACCGGGGCUUCCCCGUCAACUGCCGCACGGACAACGGCACCGCCCUGCACGAGGCCGCCACCUUCGGCAAGCUGGACGUCGUCCGGCUCUUGCUCGACUACGGUGCAGCUGAGCGCGCCGAGGCGGACAGCGGCGGUUCGGCGGACGCCAGCCCGCGCUCCAUCAGCCCGCCGCCGGCGUUCGCGAGCCCCGCGCCGAGGCCCGUGCAGUCUUCGGGCCUGCCGCGGCGAAACUCGGCGGGACUGGGCGGCUCGCAGGACAUGCUGCUCGACAUGCACGCCGCCGCCUCCAGGCACGUCAAGAGGCCCUCGCUCGGUGACGUGGCGCGGGCCUCUUCGCUGCGUCCCCUGGACGACCACCACCACCGGUCGACCGGCAACGGCGGCGGGGGUCUCGUGCUCAGCCUGAGUCCCGCCGAGUUGGCGCAGGUCCCGCCGCCGGCGUUCUUCACCUCGGCACGCUCCUUCGACGAGGACAGCAGCGGCGGCACCAACGCCGCUUGGAAUGCGAACGCCACCAACACCACGACGUCGUCCUCGGCGUACCUGCCCAUGUCGGCGCUGCACCACCAGCAGGGCACCAAGCCGCUGCCUCCUGCGAAGCCCCCUCGGCGCUCGGUGGCCUGCUCUCCGGGCGUGUACGAGCAGCUGUGCCUGGCCACCUCCGGGGGUCCGCAGAGGCGGCGGCGUCUCUCGUCCGGCGACUCGCGCUCCUCGGCCGAGUACGUGGACAUGCGGCCCAAUGCCUCGUCGCAGCAGCAGCAGCAACAACAGCAACAACAGCCUCACCUCGACAAUCACAGCGACGCCUCGUCCAGGCUCUGCGAGCUCAGCAGCCUCUACGACCAGGCAGCCAGCGAGUGCCUGCAGUCCGGCGGGCGCGCGCCGCAGCACGCCCGAUCGGCGAGCGACAACACGGGCGCCCCGACGUCGUCGGACGAGCGGCCCGCCAGCCUGGCGCUGCACUCCUCGUCGGCGGGCUCCAAGCGGGCCACGGUGCAGAUCCCGCUCAGCCCGAGCCACUACGACCAGCCGCCCACGCCCGAGUUCCCGCCGCCCUCGCCGGGCACCGCCGAGUCCGGCAUCCACAGCAAGAUCCGGCCCCUCAGCAGGGAGUACGUGGUGCAGCAGCAGCGUCGCCGACGGCUGGGCAGCGGCAGCGACGGCAGCGGGAGUCGGCGCAGCUCGCGCGACGUCGACACCCUGACCGACGAGGACGAGUUGCUGCUCGAGCUGAACGGAGGGGACGCCCCGGCGACGCCCGCCACGCUCAUCGUGACUUCCUCGACGUCGCAGCCAGCCGCGUCGGGAAUCGUCGAGGAGAUCGUCGAGGAGAACCCGUUCGCCGGCUUGUGCCGGGGUUCCAGCAAGACGGACGAGCCCCAGCCGACAGCCCCGGCGGCGACCGAGCCUGGGCGACCUCGGCCAGGCCCCAAGCCGGCGCCGCCACCGCGCAAGCGUGGACCUCCGAUAGACACCGCUCCAACACCACAGAAAGACGGCGAAGCUGUGGAAGAGACACGGAGGCAACAAGAGCAGCCUGCAAGCCCCUUUGAUGAAAAUGCUGAGUGGGCAGAGAUUGCAGACAUCAUGGCAUCAUUUGGGAGUGGCAUUGCAAGGGAGUCCAUUUUUGCAAGAGAUAUGGAGGAGGAGUUUGCUCGCACACUUACAAGGCAGCACAAGAAGAAAUCGGAACCGAACGGAUCGACAUCGUCUUGCCCCGAAAGCAUUGAACACUGGCUCCAAGACCUUGGCCUUCCAGAGUAUGCCAACUUGCUUCUGGUGAACGGAUAUGAUGAUGUCCGGUUUCUGGGAGGUGGGCUUGUGGAAGACCAAGACCUUCUAGACAUGGGUGUGUCCAAUGCCGAGCACCGGCGGCUUAUGGUUGACUCGGCGGCACAGAAGCUUUCCCCUGUUCCUCGACUAGAACCUGGAUCGGAUCCGGGCUUGGAUGCCUGGCUAGAUUCCAUUGGUCUUGGCUGCUACGCACAACGGUUUCGGGACAAUGGGCUGGGUUCUCUGGACCGCUGCCGCCAAAUUUGGGAACUCGAACUGAACACUGUGUUAGAAAUUAGCAAACUUGGACAUCAGAAACGAAUACUUGCAUCAUUGGGUGAACGGGCAAACAACAGCUACGCUGACCUUGACGAGCUGGACCUCGGUCUCUCUAAACUGAACAUGGGCCUUCGGGAGCUUGGAGUUGAAGACGAUGACAGGCUGGCACCAAGCAGUCUUCGCAUUCGACCGCCAACGCAGCUGAUGAGUGAUCCUGGUCGGUCUCCUGCAUCCCACAGUACCGCCAGCACGGCAGCUGCCCAGUGGAGGCAUGACCCAGAACUGCUCAUCAAUGGUUCUUGUGAAUACACUGCACAUUACCUUGGCUCGACGCUUGUGAAGGAGCUGCAAGGAACAGAGUCGACUCGGCAAUCAAUCCACAAGCUCAAGACAUCGACACGCAAAAUGGGCAAAGUGCCCUGUGUGCUGCUGUCAGUGUCACACCGUGGAGUUAAGUUUGUCGAUGCUGUAACAAAGCGCCCUGUGUGCGAACAUGAGAUUCGGAAUAUCCACUGUGCCUGCCAAGAUGCUGAAGACCUGACUCACUUUGCCUACAUUACAAAAGAGCACCAAACAAACCAUCACUACUGUCACGUGUUCUGCGCUCAGACAAUGGAGCUGGCCACUGAGAUCAUUCUGACGCUGGGCCAGGCGUUCGAGGUGGCCUACCAGCUGGCUCUGCGUGGUCAGAGCGGCAACGGCACGGCAGCGUCGGGUAGCCACCAGGACUCGUGCCAGCGGCUACCGCAGACCAAUUCCCACCGGACAUGACAGUUGUCAACGAGGUUCUGAGCUGGACAGAACCUCUCAUCAGACGCUGUCACAAGUCAUUGUUCCGCCAUCGCUGCACCUUAUCGGCACGCUCGCGGUCGCGGCCGCGUCGUCUUGUUCCCAUACCGCCGCCGCACUUCAGGACGCCGAACCAAGCGCGGACAACCGAACAAAGGAUGGAGACGGCCUGGAGACCUCUCGUCUUCGUCUCAGUGUGAUCGCAGCCCGCUUGUAAAAAGAAAACGGAGAACCGCGCAUUGGCGCGAGCCUUGGCUUCAAGUGUCGUGUCUAGUGCUUGUAUCAAAGGAACCCUGCCCCUUUAUAGGUCACGUGAGCGUGGCCGUUUCUUACGUAGACUGGUGGACUAGCGCCGUGGUGCUUCGGAGAGCCAGUGACGACAACUUGGUGGGCAUUGAGCAGCAGUCCCUCGCUGCAGCGACGGACUUGAUUUUCGGAUUUCUCUGUCGGCUGCCAUGGCGUCAGGACACGACGGACGGGCAAAAACAAAAAUGGAGUGUCAAUGGUCUGUGUAACGAUUUAGUGAUCGGUUUUGUUCCUAGGCGCUGGUAAGGCAGAGUGAUGACGCUGUGUUUUAGCGCGGUCCGACCUGUGCGCACCGCUGGAGUUUUUUUUUUUUUUUUUGGUCUUGUUAACGGAACCACUUAUGCGUGGCGCUCCGGUUCUCUGCUGCGACUGCCCUCAAUGCGGGUCUACCAUCGGCGCGCCAUCUUGGAAGCGGCAGCGCCUGUCUGUGGACCACGUUCUGCUUUCUAUUCGAAGUGUGGGGUCGGAAGGCCGGAGAAAACGGGAACUGCAUGGCAGCUUUGCCCGGAGUCACGACAUCCGACGACGUGGCGACGAUGAAUUCCGGCUGUAUGAAACUUGCGGGGCUUCGUUGGAGAAAUCAUCUACGGUUUGUUUUAGGGAUAACGGGACGCGCGCAGUAGUCACCCUAUACCGGGACGGGAUGACUGUGGGUCGCGGUCCAGCGGUGGUGGCGAUGACUGACUGCAGAAAACAGCUGCUGUAACGCAGCGGCUCAUUCCAAGGGACCUGUCAGCUGUACUGCUAGCGCUACAGCUCUUGUGGUCUGUGGAACACUCCCCGUUGUAACUAGGGUAAGCGAUGCGGGCCCAAGGAAAGACCGUGACGCUGGAGCGAUACAAAUACACCCGGCAUCAUCACUCCACGUGACUAUCGGGAGCCGACGGGAAAAAAUGUCAUCGCUCGGCUCUCGUUUUCCCUGUCGCAUUAAUUUCGCGAAGCGCGUAAGGUUUUUCUCCCCGAUUUAUUUACGCGUCGUUAUGUCCAAAAGAUUCCAUACAUAUUUUUGCCCCUCCGGUUUCUUUACGAUGAUUUUAAGUCUUACAGCUUCCGUGAUCGCAUUUCUUGAGCCUUUCAUUCAUGUGAACAUAAUGAACUACCGGUUGCAUUUUUGUUCGAGCUGCACCCUUGUAGACGUUUAGUCCGGUCUUUCGCUUCGCCCCCCUGUACUCGGGAGUGCUGUCUCGGACCACCGCAAGUUUUUACAACCGUGGAAAAUUUGGAUUUGCAUUUUGCGACGUAGCACACCGACAUGGGUGUCUGCCGUGACCGGUUGGCUAAAAGAAAAAAAAAAAAAAAUGUAGCACGCGGUGCCGCACUAUGCGUGCGAUCGGCGGUCGGCCCAAAUCCAGCUCGUAGUUUGCUAAAUAAAUGCGGUCUCUGCUGAGCAGUGUCGCGCCAGAUGUUUAUACGUGAAAGCGCUUAUAUUUAUGUAUAGGUAAUAGAUCGGAGCUUGAAGCGUGGCGCUCUGCUGUUUCGUGCUUAAACGAAUCUGUGAUGUAUUUUCUAAAGCAGGUUGUGUAUGCGAAGCGCAAAGUGGUCGAUGGUGACCCUCUUUCCGAUCAUCCGGAACCUCCUUUCCCGUAUUGCUUCUUGUUUUUUUUUUUUUUAAGAGAUUGGUGCACUGACGUUGUUGCAGGCAGCCCACGCUCAAGUAUGGGGCCGCGUUGUCCCCUGUAACGAAGGUGCGCUGCACUAACCGGUCGCUUUGUAGAGGCGUGGUGGCGCUUGGUGGAGGUUGUGUCGUGUAUGCCGUUAACAGUUUAUGUAUUCCGUCUCGCUAGUUACGCCGAGAGUCGGUGUCAGUCAACCGCACGCUGAUAGCUUCGUAAGUGUACGAAGAUCGUACACAGAGCCCACACACUUGCUCCGCCAUAAACCGAGUGUUCACUGCCGCUGUAUACUUAGCCGCUUCGGGGGCAAGAACGAUGCUGAGAUAGAGGACAUCAAGAAGUCCGGGUGAUCAUUAUCAACGUUAAAGCCUCGAGGCUAUAAAGUCUAAAUCAUCCCGCAAUUAAGUCUUAAGCUUUAGACUCGCAUCUGAAGGGCGAAGCUUGUAGAUGUGGCUAGACGCCGCGGUACCACGUGCUCUUCAUUACUGGUUGUGCAGUUCAGCUACAGAUAGCGGUAGUAAUGCACGGGGCUACUGAUACGGAGUGUAAUGGCGGUUAAGCGCUGUACUAAUAUCGCUGCUGAGCUUUUUUUAUUGCCCGCUAGAUGUCCUUGCGUUUUCAGUAAGUCAAUUCCCGACUUGUGCAUGACCCUUAUAGAGACAUUGAGAACUAACUGGUGCUCGCGAAAACAGUGCCAAGUUGCAGCUAUACCAUGCCAUCGGUGUUCUUUCCCACUCUCUGGAGGCGCGCAGGCUUUUAUGUGUAUGAGAUAAGAUGCCCCGGCCACCUCGACGGCCGGGUUGGCUUACAUAAACUAGAGGAGCGUCACGUACCAGCUACAUUUUUUCGUGUCGCGAAACAACUUUGUAAACUUUGUACACAAGCCAUUUUACUGAACUUGUUCACGGAAAAGACAGGAAAACUGCAAGACUACGUAAAUGAUAAGCCGCAUUUCUGUAGUGUGGGGCUCGUUUCUCCUAACGGCUUUCUGACCUGGUGCAAUGAUCAAUCUUGUCGGAGCAGCCAAGGCCGGCUUCGAUAGAACUCUCCGCGCUUUUCAUGAUGAUAUAUGGAUUUGUACGGUGCAGGUAUGGCCAAAGAACGCCAACUCUUCGCCCUUUUCUAACGCAGUGAGCGGUCGGGUGAGCUGAUAAUCCGUAUGGAAAGUUUAUCUGUAUAUUCAGUUAACUAUAGCAGGUUUAUCAGGUGGUACUCGUCAGUUCAAUCAUCGGUACAUCAACGCGGGAACAUGAUGAACGCAAGCCGGCCGCAACACCCGGGUAAUUUUCGCAUUAUCGCGUCGCUUAUUCCCACCAAGCUUCCCAGUCCUCGGUUCUUUGUUCUGAGCCAGCUCGACCAACGGGAAGUUUUUCAAUACGCUGUUCUGGAGACUCCUUUCUGCCGCACUAGACAAUUUCCGAAAAGUUAUCCACGAACGCGUGCUUUAAUUGCUACAAUUUCGCCGAUGUCCUGGCAACGAACAGCGUAAGCUUGUCGAAAGUACUUGUGGUGAGGCUCGUGUAAUUGUGCUGUGUAGCUAAUUUUAGGCCCACAGCUUACAACAGUCGCUAGAGGAAGAAAUGGGAUUGAUGUAUGUUUUUUUUUUUUUAAUCAAGAAGUGGCAGCAGAGUUUGAAGUUUCGAAGGAUGUUUGAGAACCUUUUAUCUUAUAUUGCAAGUGUGCUAGAUAGCCGCGUCGGUUUUACACCGGUGAUGAACAAACGACGUAGGGUUGUUCUCUAUAAUAAAUGCCCCCCCCCCCCCCCUUUUUUUUUUUUUUUUCUUGCGGGCUUUGUAUAGUUCUUCGGGCUGGGUUUGGGCCGUUCUUUCUCACGUGGCGUUUCGCUUUGAAGCCGUGUGCGCGACAUUCGCUGUGAAAAAAAAAAUUGUUUGUACGCAAGGACCUUACGUGCGGCUUUCACAGAAAUAUCUGCGGCCACCCCUAGUCAGCCGUUGGCGCCCGGCGUUAAUAUUUUUUCCUCCCAUGUUUUAAAGACAAGGCGACGUGGUCGCUGCUCGACGUGUACGAUAUUCUACUUAUACAUAUUAUACACAUACAUACAUAUAUAAAGUAUAUAUAUAUAUAUUAUACAUAAUAAAAUAUACUUGCACGCGCUGCAACGUGACUGGCGCGUUAUGUGAUGUAUAGCGUCAUUUUUUUUUCUUUUUAAAGACUUGUAUACUGUAAGAAUAAAGUGACACGUGAUUCGUGAAGUUGGACUGCU